AUGGCUAGAUAGGAAAUAGAUAAAGAAGAAACAGUUGAAACUUAAAAAAAUUUAUCUGUUGAAUAAACAAAAGCACAAUUUGAAACUAAAAAGAUAACAAUAUAAAGAAAGAAGCUGAAGAAUCAGUUGCUGAGACUAAUAGAAUUUUGGAUUCAAUUUUCAUUGGAGUAAAAAAUUAAAAAAAAACAUUUAGUAGAAGUAAAAUCCUUUUCAAAUCCUCUAUUAUCAGUCUUUGAGUUUGUGGCGUUUUACUUUAAAUUUUAAAUAAAAUAAGGCGGAGAAAUUCAAAUGAUAAAGGAUGAAACUGGUAUGAAGAAAGGUGAAUAUUUUUUCAGUAACACUUAUCCAUAUGUUUUAUCAAUAUUUUAAUUCCAAAACUAAAAAAUGAAAACAUUUACCUCUGCCUAUUACAAUUAUUCAGUUGGAUUGAAUAAAAUUAAAGAAAAUUAAUAGUAUCUGGGAAUAUAUACUUGA